AAAUAUGUGAACGCUACAAUUUCGGUGCGUCCUCCCACACGUUUGGAAGAUAUUUUGUUUCCUUUAUACCACCCAUUUAAAGAGUGAUUAACAACAGCAUGAAGUUGUCUAUAUAAACGCUGCUUUCGUAGCUUAUACACCAUUAUAUACCGGCAUUCAGAAGCAUUAAAGACGUGAACGUUCAGGAAAAUGCUUACGACAUCUUUUCGUGCAAACUCCGGCAAUAGCAUGGGCUUCAAAGGACGACAUCGAAUAGUAUUUCAACUAACCGUCCUCACUUUACUCUUUAUUACAGCUUACAGUUAUCCAACAAGACGUUGUAUUGGCAAAGCAGCAAAUAUAAUGCUGUUGAUGGAUUCAUCUAGCAGUAUUUGGAUUGUGGAUUACAAAAAGCAAUUAGAUUUUGCACAAACCCUAGUUGACAACUUCGAUAUUGGUCCAUCUGACACACAAGUUAGAAUGGGAGCGAUCACAUUUAGUAAUAGAGCUCAUUUAGAAUUCUCUAUGGACAGAUAUACUGACAGCAAGAAUCUAAAGAGAGCUCUUGGCAACAUUCCUUACAGAUCCGGACAAACGAACACAGCUGAAGCUUUACAAUUGUUGAAGAAAGAAAUACAGCCCAAGCUAAGUAUAUAUAAAUCACCUUUCAUGGCAAUCGUCAUUACAGACGGCAGGUCACGUGAUACAAUGGCAACAUCACUGGCAGCCAAGGAAUUGCACGAAUUGGGUGUUCAUGUUUAUGCGAUUGGCGUCGGAAGCAACUGUGAUAUCAACGAAUUAAAAUCAAUAGUGAGUGACCGGACUAAGAAUGUACGUCUCGUAGACAGUUAUUCAGCGUUACAAGGAAUUGCAAUAUCAUUUGGGGUAAAAACAUGCCAAGAUAUCACCACAACUUCAUCACCAUCACCACCAACAACAGUAAAAUCAUCUUCGACAAGUUCUAUACCAAAAACGACGAGUGAGGUAGCUACAAGCACGAAGAUUAGAACUUCCAAUGGGCCAGCUAUAAGCACUCAACGUGGAACCACUAAAGAAGUUGAAAUAACAAUGAAUGCAGUAAAAGCUACGAAGCUUAAAAAUGUUACUGAGCAUGAGACAAUUUUAGUUACAAGCACGGGGACUGGCGUAAUUAUAGAACCCGAAACAACAAUGAAAACAGUUAAAUCGACAAAAUUAAUGACAGUCACUGUGCUUGAUACAGCUAGCACAGUUCUUAAGACAACAAACGAGGAAGAAACGGCCAUUGGACUUGAGACAACAAUGGAAAUAGAUAGGACCACAAACUCUAAAACAGCUCCCUUUUCUGAGAAUACAAUCGCAGAAAGUGAAAGUACAAUGGAAGCAAGGAAAAUAAUAACUAUAGCGCCUAUAAAAGCAGAACACUCAAUGGCUACUGACUUACAAACCACUUCCUCAAUGACAACUACGAUGCUGAAAUCAGGUUCUGAAAAUUCUGCCGAAAUUCAAAAAGACGAAUCUAGUUCAAUUGUCUUCGGAUACGACCUCUUAUCAAUGGGUGCAUACCGAGCAAAUAUGAUUACUCAGUUUAUUAAUGCUGUUAUAGCGUAUAUUGGAUACGACAAUUUUGCUGUUUUAUCUUUUACCCAUUGUCCAGAAUCCUUUAACGUACCAGCUACACCAGUUAAAUCUUCACAAGGAAGUGCUUUUAACCAAAAUGUAAAAGUAAAUGUGCCAAAUUUAUCUGACUUGAUUCGGCAAAUAAGAGAAAAAUAUCAUCACGAGCAACCAAAUAAAGUCGGACCUCAGACAGCUGUUCUGUUUCUAGACCCGUCUGUAACUGUACUUACACCAGAUGUUGUGGACGAAACGCAAAAGCUAAAGGAUGUAGGAUUUACUGUGUACAUUGUGACUGUUGGCUGGAGAGAAUGGCCAAUACCUGAAGUAAUCUAUAUGAUGAGCAGUAAACCUUACAAAGCUCACCUUUUCAAGGCGCCUACUUAUAGCAGAUUAUUGUACAAGGCCCGAUAUAUGCCUUUCCAAUUCAAGAAAUUACGUAACAAAAAGCGAAAGCAACAAUAAUGUAAUUGUCAUUACAAUUCACCAUCAGAUACGCACGCACACACACACACACAUGCACAAACACGCACACAUGAACAAACACACACAC